UUUCCUUUCUUAGACUCCGUCGGCCGUUCCUUCUCCUCCUAUACACGUCCUCCCGGCACACUCAUCCUAUACAAGAUGGCUAGCGGAGUAAAGGUGGCAGAGGAGGUUAAGAUUAAAUACGAUGAUAUCAAGAAGAAGAAGAGUUACAGAUACCUCGUCUUCUAUAUCAAGGACGAGAAGAUCAUCGCCGUGGAGAAGAUCGGAGAGAGGAACUCCAACUAUUCUGAUUUUCUCCAGGAUCUAACCGGAUCAGGACCUGAUGAUUGCAGGUAUGGAGUAUUUGAUUUUGAGUACACCCACCAGUGUCAGGGUACCUCGGAGGCAAGUAAAAAGGAGAAACUGUUCUUGAUGUCCUGGUGUCCGGACUCAGCCAAGAUUAAAAAGAAAAUGCUCUACUCCUCAUCCUUCGAUGCUUUGAAAAAAUGUCUUGUUGGGGUUCAGAAAUUCAUACAGGCUACAGAUGAAUCUGAAGCAUCAGCUGAAUGUGUUGAAGAGCAGUUGAGAAAGAUGGAUCGUGUAUAAGAAAACCGUACAUUACGGAGUUCUCAGACAAACCUGUACAAUGCACAGUGUACGGGUACAUAAAUAAAUCUGUAUACAAGUGUACAAGUGCAAAAGCCAAGCAGUACAGAUAUGUACAAGAACACUUGAGUGUACCAAAGCACUGUACAUGAUUGCACGUCUCUUGUGUCAAACUAACCAUCUGUACAGUGUACAGAGUACGUAAUCUUAUUAUUAUUUUGUAAUUCAGGCUUCUUUUUUUUUUUAACAAUUAUCAUGUCACCAUGUUUACUUAAUUACUUAAAUAAACUUUAUUGUAUUUGUGAAA